AAAUGUUGAAUUGAUGCCCCGCUCCAGCCUGAAUUCUCAGGCUCCCGCUUUCCACCAUUCCCCCACGCGGCUAGCGCUGCCAAGACUCUCCUUCCUCUCGGACAUCCGCCUCCAACAUUAAUAAUAUCGACAUCCAGUUCCAUGAGUGUAUGAUUAUAUUAACCAUAAUGCAGCUCCCAUCCGCGAUCGCCGUGUUUGCGUCGUUGCUACUGCUGCUGCUGCCAGCAGUGCUCGGCGAGCACACGUCAAACUGGGCGGUGCUCGUAUCCACGUCGCGCUUCUGGUUCAACUACCGCCAUCUGGCCAAUGUGCUCUCCCUGUACCGCACCGUCAAGCGGCUGGGCAUCCCCGAUUCACAGAUCAUCCUGAUGCUCCCGGACGACAUGGCCUGCAACCCGCGCAACGCCUUCCCAGGCACCGUGUACAGCAACGCCGACCGCGCCGUCGACCUCUACGGCGAGAAUAUCGAGGUUGACUACCGCGGCUACGAGGUCACCGUCGAGAACUUCAUCCGCCUGCUGACCGACCGGCUCGACGAGGCCGUGCCGCACAGCAAGCGGCUCGGCUCCGACGCCGGCAGCAAUGUGCUCGUCUACAUGACCGGCCACGGCGGCGACCGGUUCCUGAAAUUCCAGGACUCCGAGGAAAUCGGCGCCUGGGAUCUCGCCGACGUCUUUAGCCAGAUGUGGGAGAAGAAGCGCUACCAUGAGCUCUUGUUCAUGAUCGAUACCUGCCAGGCGAACACCAUGUUCACGCAUUUCUACUCCCCCAACAUCAUCGCCACGGGCUCGAGCGCGCUGGACCAGUCGUCGUACUCGCACCAUGCCGAUAACGAUGUGGGCGUGGCUGUCAUCGAUCGAUGGACAUACUACGUGCUAGAGUUCCUAGAGACGCAGGUGACAUCGCCGAACUCGAAGCUGACGCUGGGUGAUUUGUUUGAUUCGUACGACAAGAGCAAGAUUCAUUCGGAACCGGGGCUGCGUUGGGAUUUGUUCCCUGGUGGCGAGCAGGAGGGCCGGUUACGAACCGUUGUUGAUUUCUUUGGGAAUAUUCAGAACGUGCAGGUCGAGACCAAUACGACGGGGCCUGGGUCGCUCAAGGAGGAUCUCGCUGAGAUUGCGCGGUUGGUGGAGAAAUGGCAACGUCGGGAUCAGGAGUAUGCGGAUAUUCUGCAGAAUAAUUCUGCUGCUGCGAGCACGGGACAGUCCUCCCAGCAGUCCCCCUCGGUCAAGGCGGACCAGCAUGUCGGCGGUCGUGGUGCGAGUAUGAUGACGGAUGAUGACGGCUGGACAAAGCGACUGGUUGGUCUGGCUGUUGUUGGCGCGGGGACAGGGCUAUGGCUCGCGGGUUCGGUGCUUGGGAAGAGGAUUUGAUUGAUGCAUUGCAUGUACUUUUGACUGUUGUUUCUUUCCUGUAUAUAUAUACCCACUUAGCAUUCAGCCAGCCAUGAGCAAUAUAAUACUGAUACAGGCCUACACUGAAUGCCAGACAGUGAACUGUGAGAAGAAAA